AUGGAUUUCCUUCAUAGGAAUGGAGUGCUCGUGAUUCAGCAUUUGCAGAAGGAUUACCGGGCUUACUACAAUUUUCUAAAUUUUAUGUCCAGUGUUGGAGACCCCCGGAAUAUCUUUUCUAUUUAUUUUCCACUUUGGUUUCAAGUUAAUCAGAGAGUUGGAACCAAGAUGAUAUGGGUAGCAGUCAUUGGGGAUUGGUUCAAUCUUAUUUUUAAAUGGAUAUUAUUUGGUCAUCGGCCCUACUGGUGGGUCCAAGAAACUCAGAUUUACCCAAAUCACUCAAAUCCAUGCCUUGAACAGUUCCCCACUACAUGCGAAACAGGUCCAGGAAGUCCAUCCGGCCAUGCAAUGGGCUCAUCGUGUGUCUGGUAUGUCAUGGUAACGGCUGCCCUGAGCCACACUGUCAGUCAGAGAGAUAAGUCAUCGACCACUCUUCACAGGUAUGCUUGUGGCAGAGGCCUUUGA